ACGUUAUUCAGUUAGGACUUCACACAAUAAACCGUGGCUCAGAAAAAGAAAAUCAGGUUCUACAGCACAGGUUCAAAAUGAAGUUUUCUUCCUGGAUACAAAUUUUGAAAACUGUCAUUUCAAUGAGUCUUCUCUUUCACUACCCUUAUUGCCAGGCUGGCAAGAUUCUAGUUAUUCCAGUUGAUGGAAGCCACUGGGUGAAUAUGAAAAUUCUCAUUCAAGAGCUGUACAAUAGAGGACACAACAUUACAGUAGUGAUGCCCUCCACCAACUGGUACAUCAAUGAGGAGUCUCCAUUCUACACUUCAAUUAGAAUACCUCUUCCUCUUCCACAAGACACAAACAGAGAUGAACUGUUUCGUUCAAUGGUGAAUAACAUGAUUUACACCAAAAGUAAGGGAUCUUGGUUUUCCCUUCUUGCCCUGCAGUAUCAAAUGUUCAGUCUGAUAUCUAAGGGUCACCAUAUGUCUUGUCUAAUGGCUUCCACCAUGUUUGAAAACCAGGAGCUGAUGACGAAGCUCCAAGAAGCUCAUUUUGAUUUGGCCCUUACAGACCCUGGUCUGGGUGGAGGAGUGCUUAUAGCCCACUAUCUCCAGCUUCCUAUGGUUUUUAAUGUCCGCUGGGUAUCCAGUAGUGAGGCACAUUUCUUUAUUGCUCCAUCUCCAAUUUCUUACACUCCAUUACCAGGGACCGAAUUUACUGAUAAAAUGACUUUUUCCCAAAGACUAAAAAGUGUAGUAAAUUAUGGAUUUAAUACAUGGUUAGAAAGGUUUUUCAUAAGACCAUAUUACGAUGCUGUGUGCUCACGGUACUUUGGUCCUGAUAUUAAUAUUAAUACUCUCAUUCAGUCUGCUGACAUUUGGCUCAUAAGGGUUAAUUUUGUCUUUGAAUUCCCAAGGCCAUCCAUGCCAAAUGUUAUCUAUGUAGGUGGUUUUCAGUGUAAACCUCCUAAGCCUUUACCAUCAGAUUUGGAACAAUUUAUGGAAAGCUCUGGUGAGCAUGGUGUCAUUAUCAUUUCAUUAGGAACUCUAAUAAGCAACCUCCCAGAAGAUAUUACAAAUAAGAUAGCUGCUGCUUUUGCACAGCUACCCCAGAAAGUGAUUUGGAAGCAUUCUGGAGAAACUCCUACUGGUUUAGGUAAUAAUACACUUCUGGUCAAAUGGAUACCCCAAAAUGAUAUCUUGGGACACCCUAAGACCAGAGUAUUUGUGUCUCAUGGAGGCACUAAUGGAAUCUAUGAAGCAAUUUACCAUGGUGUGCCCAUAGUAGGACUGCCUCUUCUCUUCGACCAAUUUGAUAACUUCGUCAGGUUAAAGGAGAGAGGUGCAGCCAAGGUGCUUGACAUCACUAAUUUAAACACUGAAGAUGUAUUAGAAGCAUUGGAAACUGUCCUUAACAAACCAUCCUAUCGAAACAACAUGCAGCGACUGUCCAGACUCCAUCAUGACCAGCUUGUUCAACCACUGGACGCCGCCAUAUUCUGGAUUGAAUAUGUAAUAAAUAACAAAGGUGCCAGUCAUUUGCAAACUGAAUCAUACCGUAUGUCAUGGUAUGAAUACCACUGUGUUGACAUUAUAUUGGUUUUACUAUUAAUGAUAACCAUCUUCUUUAUAUUCAUUUUCACUUCAUGCAGACUAUUGUGGUACAAAGUUUGUAAAAAGAGAAAAAUCAAGCAAUAAAUAUUUAUAAUGAUAUA